AUGUCUGUGCUGCCCAAGAAUCAUUCAGCCUUAUCACAAGAAAGCUACAGCACUGAAGCAAUUACUGGGUCAAAGACACCAUCUCUACUCACAGAGUCAACAUCUAGAAGUUUCUUUUUCAAAUCUGAGACGGAAAUUCAGCUUCUGCUCUCAGAAAGCUCAGAAGAAGAUGGAGAAAACACAACAGAAAACCCAUUCACAGUUCCUCCGGAUACCGAUGUUUUCUCAAUGGGGGACAAGGAAAAGAAAAUGGCUAAGGAGGAACGUGAAAGGAUGAAGACCAUGAAAGUCCAUGAGAAAAUGACCUACUCUACUAAAAUAAAAGCAAAGCAAAAAGACUUGAGGAAAGCUCUCCAAAAGGAAGAAGAAGAGGAGAAGAGAAAACAGGCAACAAAUGAAGAGAGACUGAAAGCUCUUCAGCAGAGUCUUAUAUGGAAGACAGCCAUAAAAGAAGAUUACUUAUUAGAAAAGCAGAGCUUGCAUGACUCCAUAAAUGACAGAAGAGAGAUAUUUUUACUUGAGUAUGCAAAGGCAGUGAAGCGAGAUGAGAUCCAAAGGAUGGAGAAUACAGCAAAGAAGGAGGAAAGAAAACUGGAGAAGGCUGAACACUACCUGGAGAAGAAUGUUGCCAUGUUUGAUGAGUUCCUGAAGGAGAAAUAUAAAAACUCUGUGCAAGCCUUGAAAAUUGCUCAAAAAGAACUCACAGCAAAGACCAAGAAAAUAACAGAGAUUCGGGCAACCACUUCCCAAAUAGGGAAUGUGCAAAGUGACAUAUCCAGAUUCAAGAAUACUCUGCAGGAGUACGAGACAUACAGGGACUUCCUCUAUCAACUAUGUCCCAAAGAGUGGCAGGAAAAACAUGGUAAAAAACACACAAAGGAAAAAGGUUUGAAAACAGUAUCCAAAGCUGACCAAGAAAGUGCCUUACCUCACGUCACCAAAGAGCCAGGUGAGUGCCAGAGAAGAGCUACCCACUCCUCACUGGGACAGCCUCUUGCUCUAAGUGUACCUCUCUUCUUGUCUCCAGGUCAGGCUCUGACAGCCGGGACAAAUGCUGACUGUCCCUGCAGCAGCAGUUGUAUAGAUGUGCCAAGUUCCCUGCUGUCUUCAAAAAGUUUGGAUCUCAGGUCAUUACAUGAGAUCAGGCAAGAGCUGAAAAACUUCUUGAAGCCUCUAUCAACAAGAAAACUAAGUUCAUUGGAGGAUGGAGAAAGUGAAACCUGCUCAGAUGAAGACGAGGAGGCUGAGUUCUACUUUACUGAUCCUCAAAAACUGCUGUCUCUUUUCACGGAGUUGAAGGAAGAGAACUUGUCCCUCACCCAGAAUUCCCAGGAAAUUAAAGAAGAUUUGGACAAGGUUCAACACACUUUCAUCACCACACAUGAAAGCAUGAAGAAGAAGUUAGCAGAGCUGAAACAGCAGAUAGUCACCCUCAAAGCCUCGGUUGCCAAGGAAGAAGAGAGAGUAGCAGAUCUGAAGCUGAAAGUUCAGCUCCUUUCCUCUGUGGAAGGCAAUGCUGAUGACCAGGACAAAAUGCUCACAAGCCUGAACAAAAAGGUGAUGGAAGUCUAUCGCCACUGCACUGGAGAAAAUGAGACAAACCUGCAGACAGUGGAGAUGCUAAUGGUGAUAGAAAACCAGCUAAAUGGUUUACUAGCCAACCUGGAGAGAAUCCCACCAGACAAGUUAAAAGAAGCUCAGAAAGCCAAGAAAAAAGAAUGGAGGCUAAGAGAAAAGCUGAGACAACAGAGGCAGGAGGAGGAGGAAAGAUUGCAAAAGAUCCUGGAAAGAUCACAGGCAACUGUAAAAAAACAGAGUGGCGGGAAGCUGAUGUUUUGUUUCAGCUCACCUGCCAGGAAGGGAAAGAAAAAGCACAGACAAGAAAUGGACAAGGAGAAGGAAGAACAAUCCUACUAUUUCACUUGA